AUGGCUAACCCUGAUUGCGACCGAAAUCUCCGACCCUGGGAGUCGGCCCAUGGGCAGUCCUUCUCCGAGGCGUUCACUGACUGGCUGUUGCAGCUGAGUGUUCGGUCCUACAAUGAGCCCCAGCGGCGAAUAAUCUGGCACAAUACGAUCGGGCUAACCCAGACAACUCGAUCCAAGUGGCACUUCCCUGCGCAUCCGUACGUGGGGGAGACCGAUGAGAAUGCCGCUCGACUUCUUCCCACAUUCAGCUACGACUUUGCGAAGCGUGGCGACCGCUGGAUCUUCUACAAUUUCCGAUUCAGAGCAACCUGGAAGUGUGAUCCCGAGACCGGCAAUAUCGUCGUCCCGACACUCAGCGCUUGGUCGAACAUCGUGGAUACCCUUCCCCAUUACCGGCAAGCCCACGGAUGGCCCAUCCUUCCUUCACCUUGCUAUGAGGGCCUAUACGACAAGUAUAUCUGCACGUGGCAUUUGUACCCCGACGCCCCUCGUCACCGCGACAUUGGCAAACAGCGCAACGUUCUGACCACGGUCAAUCCUCAGUCUCAAGUCUCUGAAAGCUCACCGACUCGAUCUGCUACAACUUCGAUCUUGUCAUCGCCUGACUCUGACUCUGAUAUUCUUCCACGAUGUGUCCGGUUCUUGGUCUCUUCGCCCGACGCUUCGCGCGUUCGCUUCCUGCUGAGCUCGCCUCGGGCUUCGUGUGAUGGUCCUUCUAGCUCUCCACCCUCUCCCGCACAGCGACACUGGCGAGACCUCGCAUGGAGGGUUCCACGUCUGGUCACCAGAGUCUCAACACCUGCGGCGAUUUCGCCUCCGGAGAUAGUACGUCUCAAUGUGUCCACCUCCACUGCUCGGACUAGGACCAACAUCGUCUCAGCUAUCACCAGUCUAGGUGUGAGUACCACCACAACUGUCACCACCACGACCACCACCACUACUACAACUCGCGUGGAGGCCGCCCGAUCGUCAACAACUUACCUCCAGGCCGAGGCUCUUGUAUCGCCACCGAAUCGUAGUGAGAGUACCAUCUCAUCCCGCACUGGGUCCGAGUCUACCUCUAUCUCUAGCUCUUCUUCAUCCGCCUCUAUCUCCUCUUCUAGCUCGUUAGCGGCCUCAUCUCCACCCCACGCGCCAGGAAAUCCCUACUCUUACGAUUCCGACCCGGACAAUUACGACUGGCCCAGUGACAGUGAGAGCGACAGUGAAGAUUACGAUGAAAAUGCCGAUGCUCACAGCACGGGAUCUUGGUCCGAGAACCAUGUCUCCCUGUUCAAUCAUUCCGCGGACGACGAAUCUCAGGUCCUAGACUGGGAUGAUGACGAGCGGGCCUCGCAAUGGUAA